UAACGGUCUGGAUCCACGCGAAAGCAAGCCUCUCCUCGGAGUCCCAGCCAGUUUGUAACCUUAUUUUUUUCCCAAGAUGAACAGAAUUAUCCUGCGCCUCUUUGCAGCUGGAAUCUGCCUGGCCAUCGGUCAUGCUUUGCAGUGCUACAAAUGUGACAUUGGAAUUGGGAAGCUGUGUAUCACCUCAAAAACCACAUGUGCACAAGGAGAACUGUGCUUCAGUGGCGAGGGGAAAGCAGCCGGCUUCAUGAAUAUCAAGAUGAAGGGCUGUCUCGAGGUGGCUAAAUGCAACAAAACCGAGAACGUGGAUUUCCCCACCCAAGACAACACCACCAUCUACUCCAUGACCAAGACGUGCUGCGACACCGACCUGUGUAACGCAGCGCCCGGGCUGCCCAGGAGCACCGCGCUGCCCCUCACCCUCGCCACGCUCACCGCCGUGUUCAUGGUCAAGGUCCUGGUGUGAGAGGAAACACGUGGAUGCUCACACACACACACACACACUCAACACAGGCAGGCAUUUUUGCACAAAAGUGCAUCGAUGACUUGCCACAAACAUGAACGCACCUACAGCUUGUACACACACACACACACACACACACACACACACACACACGCACAGGGAUUUAGUUCAAUGCUCUCUCCUUAAGCACAAGCUCCACAGUCUCUAAUGUAUGUAAAUUAUUCACCAAGCUUGUUUUUCACGUGGGCCUCGUAUUUGACUGUUCAGGUGCAUUGCUCUUUUUUAAAUUUUCAUAUUCAAUUUUUUUUUUUUUUUGCCAAUGAUAGACAUUUAAUUAUCUUCUGUUACCUUUGUUGUAUUGCCUUUUUUUAUUUUCUUUUUUGAUUCGUCACUCAGUUGCCUCUUGUCCCAAAGACUCUCUGUGCUCAUGAAAACUAAUUUGGCCUGUCAUGCUGAAUGCUUCGCUCGUCUUUAAACACAACGGAUCGUUUUCCAAAUCUAAUCAGCGCAGGCGUCGCUGACAGCAGAGUGAUAGAUUUGUCAGUCAGACUUCCUGCAUGGACAAGGAGGUCAGAAAUGUUUAGGGCGUCCUCAACAUUGUCCUUUUUGUGUGUCUAUGUGUUUUUGAUCAAAUUUUAGAUUUAACAAGACCUACAAAAUACACACAAACUCAAACAUGGCCUCUCGUCCCCGGCCUGUCCCAGCCACAUACAAACUGAAAGAGGACCUCACUCAAAAGGAAACAAAAGUAGUCAGUUAAAGUUGAAAAAUUAUAAAUGCAACAUAAAAUGAGACGAAUGAUCCUGGGAUAUUCUGACAACUAAUGGUCCAUCAGUUGUUGUAUUCGUUUGAGAUGUGUAUGUGAUCUUUUCGAGUGGAAUACAGCUGUUUCCAAAAGCCAUUUAGCUAUGAGGAGGUGGGAAUCAGACUUCCAUGUUAGUGCUAUACAUUUCCUAGCAUUAAGCUGUUUCUAAAUACCUUUUUUGGAUGUUUCCUCAGUGUGUACUAACGGUUGUAAAACUCCCCAGUGAUGUAGUACUUGUGUGUAAUGUGAUGCUUUUGUGUGUGACAGCACUGACAUGAUUAGAUAAUUGAGGUCAUAAUUAUUUCUGUGCCCUAGUAUUUGAUUUUUCCUGCCAGAGUGACAGGCGAAAUAAUAAUAAUAAUGAUAAUUUAAAAAAAAAAAAAAGAGAUUUCCUUGAAGUACAGGGCUUUCAUUGCCAAUAGCUGAAUCAUAUGACUGUGGUAUUUCCUCUGUGGCUAAAUUAUUUUUCUUAGUGCCAUUCGAGCUAAAUUUAAUUGUGUCUGAUCCACUGCGUUGCCAUUUCUACAUGCCAUAUUAGCAAGUUAUGGUGCUGUACUGGGCGUCCUUGUAAAGAUUUCAAAGCUUUUAUAAGCAUUUUUUAACUUCAAAUCAAUCCUUUUCGCAAAAUUAACUUCAGAACACAAGCAUUUCACUUUGAUACCCGCUGUUUUAUAAUUACUUAUUGAUUUACUUUACUAUUUCAGGCACUGUCAAGCUAAAAUCUUGUUAAUGAUCCCUUUCUUAUUAGGCCAUGUCGGUGAAAACUUUUUUUUUCUUUUAAAAAAUAUUUUAAUGACUCUUAAUUUUGGUAUUGAUGUCAAAUAUUCACAACGCACAUCACUUAAAACAAUUAUGGGGAAAUGCUUGUGUUUAUCUUGCCGCUUUAUAAUGUGUAUAUAUGAAAAGGGGUGAUUAAAUUGUUUUUAUUGUUUGUGUACCAUGUGGGAAUCUAUUUGAGGUCACGGUAACUGGAAAUUUGUCGAGACACCGGCUUGGAAGAAAACAUGCAUUACAUAAAUCAGAAAUUGUAAGAGCAAGUAUAUGGCUUCCUUCCUGAAACGUUGUGACACUUUUGGCUUUAUUUUUCCAAAAAAGAAAGCUGUUGGCUGUACAUGGCUGAAUGUAUGAAUGUCUUGCAAAAUUGGUUCUGUAGACAAUUUGAGAAAUUCAAUAAAUGUCAAUAUCACACCGGG